AUGGAACACGAAGGGCACGCCGGGAAGUCUAUGCAGGUUAUUGUCUUGGGAGCCAGUGGAGGCCCUUUGGAGGAUGAUUGUACCGCAUUACUAGUACGAUCAGUAUCAUUAGGAUGGAGUAAAGGGUCUGUUCUGGCUGUAGAUGCCGGAGUUCACCUCUCGGCCAUCGACCGAGUUCUCCAAGAGCACAACCCCUCAACAACUGAACGACCAUAUUUGCUAAAAGACGGGGCAUUUGCAGGCUUAGAGCUUCCAUUCAGAAACACCGGGGCAAAUGCUGCUCACAUAGCGCGUAAUCUGGUCGGGGCUCAUCUCAUCACUCAUCCGCAUCUUGAUCAUAUUUCGGGCGGUGUAAUAAGUACCGCCAGUCCCAGUUCUAAACCGAGAAAAAUUGCGGGAUUGGCAAGUACGAUUGAGGCGUUGAAAGACCAUAUCUUUAAUGAUGUUAUUUGGCCGAAUUUGUCAGAUGAGAAUGGUGGUGUGGGAUUAGUAACUUUCAUGAGGUUAAUCUCGGGGGGUUCGUCGGUUUUGGGAGAUGGGCCUACGAAAGGUUAUAUGGAGGUUGUUGAUGGACUGGCCGUUAAGUCUUGGGCUGUCAGUCAUGGUCCUUGCAUUGGAAACUUUCCUUAUCAACCAGGAAGCAACCACACCAACGAAAGCAGCAGCCCUCGUACUCCAACCCAAAAAUCCAGCAGCCACUCCCACCGCAGCCACUACUCGCCGAUCACCAUACCCCAAGCUUCAUCAGAAGGUCUGAAUUUUUCCUCCGCCGAGUCUGCCCGCGCGUACACCAGUUCUGCCUGCUUCAUCCACGAUAUUGCAUCUGGUAACGAAAUCCUCAUUUGGGGGGACGUAGAACCCGAUACACUUUCUUUCUUCCCACGCAAUAAACAAGUAUGGCAAGAUGCCGCUCCCAAAAUCGCAGCUGGGAUACUCAAGGGGAUUUUUAUCGAAUGUUCGUAUGACGAUAGUAGACCGGAUGAUUUAUUAUUUGGACAUCUAACACCGCGGUACGUCGUUGAAGAAUUAAAAGUUCUCGCUGCCGAGACGGAAAAAUGUCGCGAGGAUCUGAGGAGACGUGCUUUGAGUAGUUCCUCUCCGACGGGUAGUUUGGAUACGCUGAGGAAAUCGAUCACGACGAGGGAGAAAGAUAAGAAAACUCACCCGUCUCUAGCUACUUCGGCUAAUUAUAUUUCUUCACACCGGAGAGCCUUCGGGCUAGAUGUCUUGAAGGGUAUCAAGAUUAUACUUAUUCACGUGAAGGAUAAUUUGGACGAUAAAGAGGAUCCGAGAGUGAAUAUAUUGAAGGAGUUGCGGGAAUAUGAGGAAGAACUUAACUUUGGGUGUGAGUUUGUGGUUAGCGAGAAGGGGAUGAGUGUUUUCCUGUAG